AUGAUUCGGGCAACGUACCACUCGAACGGCUGCACCAAGGCCACGUUCAGCGACAACACCAGCCUGUGCCUCUCUGCGGACGCCUCCUGCUUCGCGAUGUUCGGGCCCGAGGACGGCGAGGUGCUCGCGCAGCAGCUGUCGGAGUUCUGCCUGCGGGCGCACGCCCCCAAGCUCGCGGAAGCGUUCCGUUUCCGCAACGCCGCUGCCCCACUGGACGCGCAGCGGACGUGCGCCGCGCUCGAGGCGAGCCUGCCCGCGGCGGAGAAGUUCAGCGUCGGCACGUCCCCCGGGGUCGUGUUCUGGCCGGAGACGUUGCAGGAGGGCGUCGAGCGGGGCCUGGUGCGCGUCACGGACGACGGUCUGGCGUGGGUGGAGUCGGUCGAUGGCGCCGCGUGCGUGUUGCUCGCGCCCGGGAGCGCCAGGGCCGCCGUGACGUUCCCGCUCGUCCUGCGGCAGUGCCGGGACACGGGGCGCUACAUAUGCGCCUGGCACACCCGCGACGUCCCACGCGACCGCGCGAACGACCCCGCCAGGCGCGAUGGCGGGCGGUGGGCGCACCCGCUGGCGCUGGCGGCCGCGGCGCUCGCGGGGGACGCGGCCGAGACGGGCGCGCUGGGCGCCGCGGGCUCCUCGUCGGCGCGGCCGCGCUCGCAGCUGCCUGCCUGCCACCUCGCACCCCAGAGUGCCGAGGGGCUGGCAGUCUUCCAACCAGGGUCCUGGUGGUCGUCCUGCUCCGUGGUUACGUACCCCAGCGACACGGCCGUCCUCGUGGAGUGGCGGCCCGAGGGCGCGAUCCGGUACGCGCCCGGCGACGGCGGCGCGGAGCCCCAGGUCGAGGUAGCGCUGCACGCAUGCCCCCCCCGCACCUGGCAGCCGCUCGGGUUCCCGGGGCCGGGGGCGAUCGCGCUGUGCGCCGCGGGGCGCGGGACGUUCCUGCACGCGCACGGCGCCGGUGCGCCGGCGGAGGGCGCCGACGACGGGGCAACGUACGCCGCGGCGCUGCUGCCACGUCAGGCCGUGGUGCCGGGGCGCACACGGCACGUCGUGGGGGUGUCCGCCGCGGCGAAGCUCGCGCAGGCAGUGCUGCUUGCGAACGCCGCGGUGGCGGAGGCGGCAGAGGGCGCGCCGGCGUCCGAGGGGGGGGGGUGCAUGAAGAAACAUGGUUCGGUCAGGGAGGUGCCGUCGGACGAGGAGGUCGAGGUGGCCGAGGUGCAGGGUGUGGGGCGGUUCGUGGCGUUUCGGGACGGCCGCGUGACGGUGCGGUUCGCGGACCGCACGAUCCUCGAAAUCGACUCCAGGGGUGUGCUGGCACGCGCCAUCGCCGCCGACGGUGCGCGGUUCACCGUGACGGUCAAGCGGCCGCUGGGGAUCGCGCCGUACGUCGCGGCGGCGAUCGAGUUCCGCGGCUGGGCGCUGCUGUCGCCGAGCGAGCGCCACGACAGCAUGGCGCGGCAGGCGGCGGUGCGCGAACACAUUUCGCGGACGGAGCGCGCGUCGGAGGUGUGCGGGCUGCACGCGCGCGGGGACGUGCCGGCGGUGUGCGCGCGCGGGGACGGGACGGGCGUCGGGCUGCCCCUCCCGGGCGGGGUGGACGCGGGGCGCGACGCCGCGGUGGCGGCCAUGCUCAUGGCCAACGCGCGGGCCGUGGAGGAGCUCGCGGCGAUGGCGGACAGCGUGCCGUGCCUGUAG